AGAUAGAAGUGGAUACAAGCCAGAAUUAACUUUUCCCUUAAAAAGCGUCGCAGUAACGCGCCCAUUCUGUCAUGGCUUCACUUCUUCGCAAACUGUUUAACCCGCGGAAACAGCGGCAGACGAGGAAGGACUCUAUAACUGGGCGAAAUAAGACACUGGCAAUGCCAUAUCUAUCGCGACUUGAAGGCAAUCAUCUACAGCCAGGACAAUCGCUAAUAGUAAGAGGAAUAAUAACAGGAGAUGACUCAUUUGUGAUAAACCUCACAUCUGGUCCAAUCGUGGAAGCAGACGAGCCUGGAGAGGUACUCGACAACCGUUUACUUUCGAUUCGCUGCGAUGUAGGCAAAGGAAAGAUAUGCUUCAACGCUUGUGUAGAUGGUGAAUGGGGAAAGUUAUUCUGUUUUGGGGAAGGAGCAAUCAAACAACGCUACCAUGUUCAAGAUGAAUUUGACAUAAGAGUUCGUUGCUUCGAAGACCAAUUUCAUAUCUAUGUCGAACAUCGAUUGGUCGCCAAGUUUGCGCAUUAUGUGCCGAUGAACAAUAUUUCUCACGUGUACGUAAAUGGCGAUGUGCUCCUUUACUGCGUAUCAUGGGAAGGGAAGUUCUACCAAGUUCCCUAUGCCGCUGAUAUUCCGGGAAACUUCUACGCAAGUCGUCGGCUCUUUAUUUCCGGAAUCGUUCCCAAAGCAGCAAAGCAGUUUGUCAUUGACUUUCAUGCGGGAAUGGAGCUAGCUACAAGAGUUAGAAUUGUAUUCCCGUUAAAAAAAGUUCUUCGCACCUCUAGAACAAACGAGCGGUGGGGCCCGGAGGAAAGGAUUGGUGACUUUGCGUUCCCCUUCAAAAGGAAGCACACAUUUGAUUUGUUGAUCUACUGUAGUGAAUCCAAAUUUGAGAUGUUCGUCAAUGAUUGCCUCUUCGCCACUUUCGAUCAUCGCAUACCUCCAAGUCAGAUAAACAAGCUUUCCAUCGAGGGAGAUAUAAGUCUUCUUGGAGUGCAUCUCAAAUAGCCAUGGUCGGCAUGAAGACAUAACCACCACUUGUUGCUUAGGGAACUUCCAUACCGUGCCGGUAGCGGCAUUUGCAGCUGUGGAACAUGUUAUUUGCUCAGGUCGCAUGCGUGCAAAAGUCCGAAUACUUAUCCACUUUCUGUCAAUCACUCUACAGCUUUUUGCCAAAUUUCUGCCUGCAGGCUAAUUUUGAACAAAACUAUUUAGGGU